AUGAGUAAUUCAUGGAAAACAACUCCAACAUCAACGACUUCUUCACCAUCAAAUUCUAUCCAUAGUCAGAUAAAAACUGAUACAUCAUCAAGUCUUUACAAAAUAGAACAUCAGACUAUCAUUCAUCGAUGGUUUUUACCUGAUAUACGGGCAUUGUAUGACAAACCUAGAGGCCAAUACCUGCAAUCAAGUACAUUUGGAUGCACGGGAGAAGAUGGGCCCAUCGAAUGGGCAAUUAGAUUUUAUCCUAUUUAUACGUUAAAAAAACAUCAUCAACAUCGAUCUGAACAUCCAAAAACAUUGUCAAAUACUGAUAAAAAUAAUAAUGUAUCGAGUUCUAGAAAUAGACAACAGCAGGAGAAUUUGAUUUAUGUUAAGAAUAAUGCAGAUUCUAGACCAUAUUUUAAUCGAAAUCAUUCUAAUCGACAUCGACUAACACUGAGCGAAAAACCAACGAUAGAUAACAAACGAUCUAUGUUGGAUAAUAGUAUUCGAAAAUGUUUAACCCAUUUACCAUUCAAACGUCAACUGUCAUCUGAAACAUGUUUAUUCAGGCCUAUUAUUGCCGGCAAUAGAAAACAGAGUUCAAAUUUCAUUCAAUAUACGUUCUCUCCUCUCUAUCGGUAUAUAUCGGAUAUUUUACAACAGCAUGAUGUAUCAGUAUUUCAUAAUAAUAAUGCACUGAGUGAAGGAGCACCAUCCAAGACAUUGUCAUCAUCAAUACUUAAUAACACAAUUGGAAUAGAUGGUGAACCAACAUCUUCUACUUUAUGUCAUUCAAACGGAGUCUUACUCAAUGUUCUUCAACGUAUUAUGAAUUCUAAUCAAAAUAAAUUUCCCGUUAACACAGCAGCAUCUCAGGAUAAAUUUCAUUUAGAUCAAUUAUUUCAGCUUAUUCUAUCGUCAUCAGAGAAUACAAAUCUCGUUCAAAUAGCCAACAAUAAUGAUAAUUAUCAGCAACAUGAACAAAAGAGUGGUAGCAAAACAAUUAACGAAAUCACUCAUCAUCAGCCAUCACGUCAAAGAACAAAUAUACUCAAUCCUCAUACUCUAAAACAGUUACCAGGUGGUUCAGUUUCAUCGGCAUCGGAUAAUUCGUCAAUUGAUGAGCUCUGUACAUUUGAAAUUAUGUGUGUAAAUGACUCUAGUCAAACAUUAUUUGAAACAAUUUAUCAAGUCUUCUCUGUUAGUGAUGAUGGAUAUUUAAGUUUGCUACUCAUGGAAGGACGACAACAAGUUCACUUUGAGCGAGCACUUAUUCAUAUACCAAGAGACACAGUGUUUUCUGUUGAUUCAAAUAAUAUCUUAUUUUCUGUUAAAUUAAUUGUUUAUGAGUGGUCGACAACUGUUGAUCAUUGGCAAUUAAAUCAGCAGGAACCACUAGCUUCAUGUCCAUAUCAUUCAAAACUUUUACAAGAUAGCAUCGUCGAUGAUGAACUAAAAAAUAUUGCUAAUAUUGAACAUUUAUCUACGAACGUUCAUUCACAUCCAAUACAAUUCCAUGCAAAGAAUAAUUCACCAUUUAACAACUCUAAACAUCAACAGUUGACGGGACUUGUUCAACUAUACAGAAGUAUGGGUAGAACGAUUCAUCAUGAUGAUUUUGUCGAAGCAGAAACACGAACAAAGCGUUCAUCAUCAAACGAUGAUUGUUGCAUUAAUAACGAUGCUAAACGACGAUGUCCUGAGCCGGGUUCAGGUGAAGCCUUUUGGUUUAUGUGUCAAAGAAAUUUAUUUACAGAUAUCAGUAUAAGAGCGUCAUGUGGUAGACUGUUUCAUGCUCAUCGUAUUAUUUUAUAUAGUUCAUGUGAAAAACUAGCUGAAAUUAUUGGAAACGAUAACCAUGAUAUGUUAGUAAUUGAAAUACAAAAUCUUAAUGGUGUUUUAUUAGAAAAAGUACUGAAGUUUAUCUAUACUGGAAAAGUAGAAAUUUUUAUUGGUGGAUUUAAUCUUGACGAAGCUAACCAAUUGAUUAUUGCUGCGGAUGCUUUCAAUUUAGUGACAAUGAAAAGUAUCAUUUCAAAACGUUGUAUGAAUCAUAUUACACAACGUAAUUGUCUCGAAUUACUUCAAUUAGCCGAUAAUAAAAAUAUGAAAUCAUUGAAAGGACGUGUAUUGGGUUUUCUGUGCAAUCAAUUUCCACAGGUUCAUACAUUCUUCUAA